UCAACGGCAGAUGGGAUUCAUAACAUUUCCAGAAUUCUGGAUAUGAACUAGUCGGUUUUGGUGUCAGAUCCGUUUGGAAAGAGGGAGAGGGAAAGAGAGAGCGAGAGAGAGGGAGGGGGAGGUGGGGUUGUCUUCCCUGGCUGCCCGAAUCCGUCAGCCCACACAAUCUCCUCACCACAAUCCCGAAGCGCCAUCAUGAUGUUGGACAUGCUUUAAAAGAGCCGCUUCUUUUAAUAUCCGCGCUCUCUGAUCUCCGGCCGAAAGACGCACGACGCGCUCGAUCACACCACCAUUUUGAAGCUCACCAUGGAGGAAAGAAACCUGCUAAAAGAACGUCUGCAGGCUAUCACGGACAAAAGGAGAAUCCAGGAAUAUAUCGCCAAGAAGAGAAGAGAGAUAGAGGAAGAAAAACUCAAACUACAAUACAUAAAGAAGAAGGCCCUGAGGGAGCAAUGGCUGAUGGAUGGUUUGAGUCAGCAAUCAGAGGAGGAACAGGAAGCGAUGAGGCUUCAGGCUCAGGAUGAACAGCAGCAGAGCGAUCAACUCCAGAGCAACAUCGACAGGAUAGAAAAAGAGAUCAAGGCCCUAGAAACCGAGGAGCUCAACAUCUCCGCUAAUGAGGAAUACGUUCUGAAGCGGUUAAAAGAAGUUGAGAGGACACCGGAAGACAUAAUCAAGAGAGCCGCUUCGGAGACUGAAGAAUCAGAUGGCCAAGAACUGAACAAAGGUUCCGGCAGUUCACAGAAUCACGAUCCGGACGAUAUCGCUAUGGAAACUACUGAGCGAGCAGAACUGGAGAUGGACAGUAGCGGGGAGGUUGAUGUGGCAGAACUAGCCGAGAAGGAAAUCAAUUUCAAUGUCGAGAGUCAACAGAUUAGUAUUCAUGAAGAUCCAUCAGAUUUCAGCGACGGGUCGAGUUCUGGCAACUUCUCCACUGACGUGGUAACCGACGCCGUCAACGUGUUGCCCGCCUGCCCUGAGACCGGUGUUUGCAAUGAGCUACCGAUCCUUGAGGAAAAGGAAACCGUAGCAAUUGAGGAAGAACACGACGAGCUUAAAAGAAACGAGUCCAUCACGUCUUCUGUGUCUGACACGCUCUCAAGCGCUGAAAGUGUUUACGAAAACGAGGCUCACUGUAAGACACAAGUGGAAAUAGAACCGGAGCGAGGUUCAGAACAGCAUUGUGAACUACAGAAAGAUCUGAACCCGGUGAAGCUCGUUGAAACUCAAGAAACAUCAGAUGUAGAGCCAGACACGUGCCCAGAGCAAUCUACAGAUCUACAAUUAUUCCUGGGCGAGGAUGAGGAACCCAAUUUUUGCAACGAUGACUAUCACAAUUCGGAGUUGGAUGAUGAAGAGGACCCUGAAGUCCCUGGAAAUAUUUGUGAAGAACACAGUCCCGAGGAAUUAAUGCUAGAGCAGAACGUCAGAGAAGAUGCUAUGUCAGAUAUAUCAAGCGAAUCCUGCCGUUAUUUUGACCCCGAUGAAGUCGAUGAAUGCCUAAGAGUUGAAGUCGCGGCUGCUUCCUCUGAUAGCGAGACGGACGAAAAAUGGAGAACAAUAUUUUCCUCGUCGAUAAACAAAGAAGACGACGACUCCUAUUUGGACAGCCUUCAGUUAAGCGCGCAGGAGCUCUUUGUGCAGAAAGUUGAAGUGAUCGACUCAGAAGAACCAGAGAGCGACCCCUAUAACGAAGUCCAACUUAACGUCCCGGAAAUAGAAGAACUGCUAGAACAGUCAGACACCGUGUCUUGUUCUCCACCGCCACAGGAUGGUAAAUGUAUCCCUUUGAGCCUUCAAGGCCUCUCCAAAAUCUCUGAAGAUGAAAGUGAAAAUGGGAAAGAUGACAGUAAUAAUUCCAGCACUCAGGAACAAUCCUCCCAGAACAAGAUGUCCGAUCCAAACAGGAAGCUCCCCAAAGACUUUUGCGUGAUACAAGAGACAACGAGUGAGAAUGUCAGCACCGAGCAUGUUGACUUCCAAUUGGCUCGUAAACAGUGGCGGGCAAUGGAAGAACAAACCAAAAACAAAGUUCUCGUACCUGCAACCAGGCUCCCCAAUUUCCAUUGCAGCCACAAUUGCAUGUACACGCCGGUCCGAAACAUCGAAAGAACAAACCGGAAGUCCCAGGAUCUGGAAAACCUGACUCUGGUUGGGGAUUACACAAACACUCAAUUCAGCCCGUGCUCAGAAGAUUCUGGCUUGGACGAUUCCAGCUACAGAUCUCCGAACGAUGACUUUGAAACACCGGUGGAAAGGGAGAUUCGCAUUUCGAUGGAAAGAGAAGAGCGAUUCAGAAAGGAGAGGAGUCUGUCCUGUAUGGGCAAGUCUGCAGACGCUCCGUUUAGCACUCCGGCACAAGGAAUCCCGAGAUCCAUAAGCACUCCGCUGACGCCGUCGUUCAUCAUCACCUCCUUUCCCGCGAAGGAACCAUCAAAAAAUGAAACCUCCCCAACAAACGUCAGCAUUCUUGACCCAAGUAGCGAUUUCAAUUCCAAUCCACGGCACGGCGAAUGGCGCUCCGAGGACGUCGGCUCCAAUCUCAUCAUUUUAGAGACGUCGAAUCUGAUCAUCCGCAGCGCCUCGGAGUUCUCGCUCAACAAGGCCUGCGAGCCCCAGGAGAAAAUGUUCUUGAGCAACCCCUUUUUCAAGCUCCGUUCCAGAAGCACUAUGUCGCUGGUGGAUGAGGAGAUCCAAAUGGUGAAGCAAAGGGAGGAAGAGCUGAGACAGGAGAGGGCGCUUCUUUACGGCAAAGGCAGGUUCGGCGAUAAAAGGAUGUUGUCAAACAACUUGGGGACUUUAUCGUUGGAUAACUCAGCUUGUUUGCCAGUGAAGUGCAAGUCCUCGCCAUCAUCGCCAAUGAAAACGCCCAAGAUGGAUCGUUCGACUCUAUCCUGCGACCACAGAUUUCCAGACGUCUACACCGCAGGACGACGUAAGAGUGCCAUGGCUCUGCGCUGGGAGGCAGGCGAGUUUACAAAAAAUGACUAAAAAGGAAGCGAUAAGACGUACGUCAUCGAUUCUAUGUGUUAAAAAAAAUGACAAAAAAAGAUUCCGUGUUGCCAAUAUUCAUCUGAUUUUUGUGAUAUCCAAUCAAUGUUUUAGUAUUGCUUUGGCCUGGGAAAAAAAAAUGCAAUUGUUAAAAAUGUUUGUGGCUCUGUUCUGCUGUAAAAAAAAGUCUUCGGAGUGUUUUAACAAUCAUACAAUGGACAAAGUAUGUUUUGAGUUUUGGAUGUGCAAUACAUUUAAUAAUCAAAUCGAGGAAAAUGAGAAAUAAAUAAAUCAAUUCAAGUAAUCCAAGUAACUGCCUAUGGAAGCCACAUGUUGGUGGAAAAGCACUAUUUUUGUCUAAAUUAAGCUCCUCUACGAUCUACGUUCCUACCCUCACUUAUGGUCGUGACCGAAAGAACAAGAUCCCGGAUACAAGCGACCGAAUUUAGUUUCCUCCGCAGGGUGUCCGGACUCUCCCUUAGAGAUAGGGUGAGAAGCUCGGUCAUCUGGGAGGGGGUCAAUGUCGAGUCGUUGCUCCUCCGCAUUGAGAGGAGCCAGAUGAGGCGGCUGGGGCAUCUGAUCCGGAUCUCUCCUGGACGCCUCCCUGGUGAGGUGUUCCGGUCAUGUCCCACCAGAAAGAGACCCCGAGGACGACCCAGGACAUGCUGGAGAGACUCCGUCUCUCGGCUCGCCUGGAAACGUCUCGGGAUCGAGCCGCUGCUCCUCUGCAUUGAGAGGAGCCAGAUGAGGUGGCAGGGGCAUCUGAUCCAGACUCCUCCAUGGUGAGGUGUUCCGGACGUGUCCCACCGGAAAGAGACCCCGGGGACAACCCAGGACACGCUAGAGAGACUACGUCUCUCGGCUGGCUUGGGGAACGCCUCGGGAUCCAUCCAGAAGAGGUGGAAAAAGUGGCUGGGGCAUCUGAUUUGGGUGCCUCCCGGACACCUCCCGGGUGAGGUGUUCCGGGGAUUUCCCACCGGAAAGCGACCCCAGGGACGACCCACAACACGCCGGAGAGACUGUGUCUCCCGGCUGGCUUGGGGAACGCCUCGGGAUCCCUCCGGAAGAGCUGGAAGAAGUGGCCGGGGAAAGGGAAAUCUGGGUAUCCCUGCUGAAGCUACUUCCCCCACGACCCAACCAAAUGGAUGGAUAAGCUCCUCAAUUCACUUCAACAUAGUUCUCUGGCACCAAGA